AUGGCAUAUGUCAUGGCGCUCCAACAAGGGUGGCCAACAGAUAACUUGAAGUUUAAAGUGAACAAUGAUAUUCGCGGUCUGCUUGACUCUGUAAACGAUGGCUCCACGAGUGCAUUCAUGUGGGAGUGGUUUACGACCAAACCGUUCGUCGAUGCUGGGGAAGCACGGUUUAUUGGUUCAGUCCCUACACCUUGGCCAUCGUGGCUUAUUGCCGCACACCCAGAGCGGGCCAAAUCAUCAGACGCCAAAGCUUUCCUCGACGGUUUAACAACUUUCGUAAAUGGAUUCGACUCUGAAGAAUCACGAUCAACCAAAAAUGUGGCGUUUAUUGAAGAAAAAUUCGGGUAUCCCAGAGAGGAUAUUGAGGCUUGGUUAAAAACCGUCAAAUAUCCUCAGAGUUGUUCAGAAAUACCCACAACGGUUAUUUCGGACACCCUCAGCGUGCUUGAGAAGGCUGGUGUUGUCAAACAACCAGAAGGAGGUUUCAAUGUGGACGACUUUGUCAACAAAGAAGUUGUCAGCUUGACUUGA